UUCGAAGAUAUGUAUGCGUCCAAGAGCCAGUUGCCCGCGUGCAUCACAAAACAACGUUUGUCUAAUAAGUAAAGUGAUUAAUUUAUUAUUUCAUCGUAAUUGUGAUUAAUAAUUGACAGUAAUUAAGAAAAGAAAAUUUUUAAACCGGAAAUUUUUCUUUUUUCUUUUCUACUAAAAUUCAAAAUUUUAAUCCCGCGGAAAAAAAAUUUUUAGUUGAAUCGUUAAGUAAAAAAUUUUUAAAAAACUUCUUUCUGACGGUCGACUUUGAACGCGUUGUUAAAAAGUUUGUGUGUUAUCCUGUGGAUAGUUGAGCCGAGUAUCGAAAGGAUUCUCGGGCUUUGGUGCUCGUUAAGUUUAAAAAAAAAUUUUAUUUAAAUUAUCGAAAAUUGCGGGUACUUUGAAACUGUGAAAAUUUUCGACGGAACUGAUCUGACUUAAUCCUUAAGACGAUGGAAGACGAGAUAGAGCUGUCACAACUUUUCUGAAUAUUUCAAUAAAUAAAAAGCAGUUAAAUAGAUAAUACGAUGCCUGUCAAUUCGACUACGACCUUUGGACUGGAUGAAGAUGAGAGUUUUAGAAGACUUCAAGAAUGUUUAAGGAUACUUAAUACUAACGCAACAUCACUUCCGGAACCGUAUUGCCCCGGUGUAUUUGAUGGGUGGGUAUGCUGGCCAAGUACUCCAGGUGGAAAAGAAGCAUUCGCGCCAUGUCCGGCCUUCGUCACAGGAUUUGAUCCCUCAUUAAUUGCCCACAAAAUUUGUGAACCAAAUGGGAGUUGGUUUAGACAUCCAGAAACAAAUAGUGUAUGGAGUAAUUAUACAACUUGUGUAAAUACUGAUGACUUGCAUUGGGCACAGCAGUUAAAUAUUAUCUACGAAAUUGGAUAUACGAUAUCAUUAAUUGCACUCAUUGUAUCUUUGGGUAUUUUGUCAUAUUUUAGAACACUAAGAUGUGCAAGAAUAACUCUUCAUAUGAAUCUCUUUGCAUCAUUUGCCGUAAAUAAUGCCCUUUGGUUAAUAUGGUACGCUUUUAUAGUAACAAAUACUGAUCUACUUAUGGAAAAUGGUAUAUCCUGUCGCUUAUUACACAUAAUCCUCCACUAUUUUCUGUUGACCAAUUACGCGUGGAUGUUGUGCGAAGGUUUUUACUUGCACACAAUUCUCGUCAAUGCAUUUACAAGUGAGCAUAAUUUAGUGAAAUGGCUAAUGGCUAUUGGAUGGCCGGCUCCAGCACUCGUUGUCUUAAUUUAUGCAUCACUGCGAUUCACAUCCGACGAUCCUAUUGAUAAUUUGAAAUGCUGGAUUGACGAAGGAAACUUCACAAACGUCCUGGUUUAUCCCGUGUGCGUGUCAACUUUUCUCAAUCUUCUCUUUCUCUUCAACAUCGUCCGCGUUCUUCUGACAAAACUGAGAGCCGGACCGGCUAUCGGGACCCGGCCAUCACGGUCUAUACUCCAAGCUUUCAGAGCGACUUUGCUGUUAGUUCCGCUUCUGGGUCUCCAUUAUCUCGUGGUGCCUUUCCGUCCUCCUAAAGGCCAUUCUUGGGAAAAGACUCACGAUAUUGUGUCAGCUGUAACUGCUUCAUUUCAGGGUCUUUGUGUCGCUAUUUUGUUCUGCUUCUGCAAUGGCGAGGUCAUAGCGCAGUUUAAACGAAAAUGGGAAGGUUCAGUACUUAUCAGAAAACGUGCCAACUCAUGCACUGCAACAACAGUAUCUGUCCGGUGGCGGGAGAGGAGAAGGUGUGACUACCAGACAGAAUUACCUAUGGAGGAAAAGCUUGAGAAGCUCGUUAUCAAUAAUCACAAUCAUCAGCAACAUCAUCUUCAUGACAACAAGGAUCCUCGUGAUAAUGAUGUCGAUGAACAAGAGAUUAUUAUCAAACACAACGAUUCAACUUAUGACCUCAAACAAUAUCAAACUCAAUGUUGAUUGGAUUAUAAUUUAAUCAUAUUUAUAUUAAGUGUUAAUAAGUAAUCGAUGAUUGUUUUUGUAUUUGUAAUUUUAUGUAUCAUAAGUAUGUUGGUUAUUAUUAAUUAUUACUUAAUGUCUUCCUGAAGGACUACUAUUAUUAUUAUUAUUAUUAUUAUUAGUUAAUUAUUGAAGUUUUAAUUGUUAUAUUUAAUAAUAAUUAUUAUAAUAUGCGUAUUUUAUUUUUUUAAUUGUAAAUUUUGUAUAAAUUGCUGAAAUAUAUAUACGCUUUAUUGCUAAAUGUUAAACAACGAUCUAUAGGAUAUUUAAUUAGAUGAUAAUUAUUUUUUUAAUUUUCAUAUUUUUAUGGCCUAAUUAAAAAUUUAUCACUAAUUUUAUUGGUCGAAAAUUAUAACAAGUUUUUUUCAUUUUGAAUGGAGAGUAAAUUUGGGAAACAAUGAAAAUCUUGUAGACCAGGAAAAAAUUUUAGUAUAUGAUCAUAUAUGAAAAAUGGACUUACAUGACCAUACCUGAGUAUUUCUUUCCAAAUUGACCAGAAUUUUAUCAGAUAUUGACAUAUGUGAUCAGAUAUUGAUAUACAUGAUCAUAUGUCAUCAGAUAUUGAUAUACAUGAUCAUAUGUGAUCAGAUAUUGAUAUAUAUGAUCAUAUGUGAUCAGAUAUUGAUAUACAUGAUCAUAUGUCAUUAGAUAUUGAUAUAUAUGAUCAUAUGUCAUCAGAUAUUGAUGUAUAUGAUCAUAUGUGAUCAGAUAUUGAUAUAUAUGAUCAUAUGUGAUCAGAUAUUGAUAUAUAUGAUCAUAUGUGAUCAGAUAUUGAUAUACAUGAUCAUAUGUGAUCAGAUAUUGAUGUAUAUGAUCAUGUAUGAUCAGAUAUUGAUAAAUAUCAUAAAUGGCAUGUGACCAUAUAAAACCUUAUCUGAAAAUUUUAAGCCAGACUUUUAUGAUCAUAUAUAAUCAGAUAUUGAUAUAUCUAUGAUCAGAUAUUGAUAUAUAUGAUUAUAUGUGAUAAUAUAUGACCAUAUCUGAGUAUUUUUUCUAAAUUAGCCAGACUUUUAUGAUCAUAUAUGUUUAGAUAUUAAUAAAUAUGAUCAAAUAUUGAUAUAUAUGAUUAUAUGUGGUAAUAUAUGACCAUAUCUGAGUAUAUUUUCCAAAGUAGCCAGACUUUUAUGAUCAGAUAUAAAUAUAUAUGAUCAUAUAUGACUUGUGGACAUAUAAGAUCAUAUGUGAAUAUUUUGUCCGAAUUAGUCAGACUUUUAUGAUCAUGCAUGAUCAGAUAUUGACAUAUAUGAUCAUGUAUAAUCAGAUAUUGGUAUAUAUGAUUAUAUAUGACACGUGUCCAUAUCUGAGUAUUUUUUCCUGAAACGGUCAACUUUUUAAAAUCAGAUAUUAAUAUAUAUGAUCAUAUACGAUCAGAUAGUCAUAACUAUGAUCAGAUAUGAUCAGAUAAUCAUAAAUACAAAUCAUCUGCAAUCAUGACUGGUCACAAGACCUCAUAUAUGAUCGUAUAAGACCAUAUCUGAUCAUAUAUAAAAUAAAAUAGUAAUUUUUCAAUCGCUUAAAUUAUUAAUAUUAAUUUUCUUAAUUACAAUUAUAAUUAUAAUUUUUAUAAAUUAGCUCAAUUACAAGACACCAAAAUUUAAAAUUUUUUAAUUGUUUCCUUAACUCAUUAAUGAUUUAAAAAUUUAUUAUUAAUUUGAAUUUUAUAAUAAACAACGAGCCAUUAGUUAUAAAAUUAUUUC